AUGACCACCAUCAGCUCCCCGGAGGCUGUGGCCGAUCCGGCCGGCUCGUCCGCCGCGGCCCCUUAUGGCACGCGAUCUAGAGGUCGCAACGCUCCUCGGCCCAAUUAUGCUGAGGACCGUGAUAUGGACGCGGAAUUUGAUGCUGCUCCCGCAAAGGGUGCCAAGCGGAAUAGCGGCGUGGCCCUCACCAACAUCGUUAACGGCUCUAAGUCUGACAGCGAGAAGUCUUCACCCACGCUACCACGAAAGAGUCUGACCAAUGGCACCGCGUCCAAUGUACUGCCGAAGGAAUCCAUUCCUGGCACCUCAUCAUUUUCGGCUCGCCCAGACGAUGCCAAUGGGGCGGGCUCCCUCCGGAAACGCAAGGCUACCGUCAGCACCCCAGCCAGCACCAACGCUGCAAAGAAGAUCUUCACUGCCGCACCGGGAGAUUCCGACGGCGGCUAUUUUUCCAACAUGCUUAGCUUCGAGGCCUCAGAACCAAUCCUCAAGGAUGGCCAUAUCACUGCUGAUGAUGGCACCACUUUGGGAAUAAAUGGCGAGCCAUAUUACCUGGCCCGAAUUAUGGAAUUUCUGCCGUCAAAAACCAAAGAUUCCGGAGUGAUUGAGUCAUUACGAGUUAAUUGGUAUUAUCGUCCUCGCGAUAUCCAGCGCCAUAGUACCGACUCCCGACUUGUUUUUGCAUCUAUGCACUCGGAUACGUGUCCGCUCUCUUCACUACGGGGGAAAUGUUCUAUUCGCCAUGUUUCGGAAAUUCAGAAUAUCAACGACUACAAGAAGGAUCGGAAUAAUUUCUGGUACGAUAAAAUGUUCGAUCGAUACAUCCAUCGUCUGUAUGAUGUCAUUCCAACCAAAGAUGUGAUUAAUGUUCCUGGAAAUGUGAAAAGAGUCCUCCACGAUCGUUGGAGGUUUAUCCUGGUCGAAGUGGGCAAAGGCAAAGAAUUGACUGGUGCUGUAAAGACCUGCAAGCGAUGUCAUCUAUUCGCCUCCGGCUCUGAAUCUGUUGAUUGUGCCGUUUGCCGUUCAACCUAUCACAUGUCUUGCGUUCGCCCGGCUCUGACAAAGAAACCAGCUCGAGGAUUUGCUUGGGCUUGUGCCCCCUGCAGUCGGGCUCAGGAGCGCAAGCUGGAAGCGCGCAACACUCCUCACGUGAGCGAGAACCGCGGCGAUGGCGAAGAUGAAGUCAUGGAAGAGGAAGAGGAAGAGCGUCACACGAAUGGAGCUGUCAACGGAACCUCUGUCAGUACGCCCGCUGCAGCCGAGGAGGAACCGCAGCCUGAAACAGCGGAACAAAUGGCCCAGGCGAGGAUGUGGCCUUAUCGCUACCUGGGUAUGCAUUGUCGCGUAGAGGACGCCCUCGACUACGAUGAUCGAAUCUACCCACGUGCAAGCUCUCGACUCGGACCCAAGCACCAGGCUAUCGUCAAUGCAUGGCCCGGUCGCCCGGUGGAAUAUGUGAAACCAUUUGAGCCGAGAAGGAAAACGAAAGCUACAGGUGUAAAGGCCGCGGGCCCUCUUUCCAAGGAUGCCAAGGCUGCGCUGGAAGCUGCCAAGCAGGAAAAGGCGAAUCGACCGAAAUGGAUCCAGGAUGAGCCAACGGGCUACAUUGCGCGCGGAAUGGACGAGCCAGUCACAAUCAACAAUGGAAAGCAAGCCCGCACAGCCGAACCCAUGUUCAAGAUGCCAACUUCAGACCAGAUCCCGGCUCGCGGCGAGGAGGAUGCGCCAGGAUCGCAUCUGAGUGAUGCCGACCGGGAAGCAUUCAUCGACGACUAUAUGCGCCAAGCGAAGGAAUUGGCACCACACAUCAAGGUUGAAAAGUACAGCACAAACUUUCUGGACAAGGCCCUGCAAAUACUAUACUCCGAAAGCUUUAAUGUGCAAGCAGCCCUGACCAAGCUAAAGAAGGUCAACCAGUACAAGGAUCUCAAAGAACCACAUUUCCGCCCGGAGGAACUGAAGCUCUUCGAGCAGGGAGUCGCGAAGUACGGUUCAGAAUGGCUUAGCAUCUAUCGUCAUGUAAAAACAGUUCCCCACUGGGCCAUUGUGCGGUUCUAUUACAUGUGGAAAAAGACACCCCGUGGAAAGCAAAUAUGGGGCAGCUACGAAGGCAGGCGCGGAAAGAAGGAGGUUCGGCGUCAGAGCGUCGCGGCGUCUAAAUUGCUCGACGAUGUGGCCGACGAUCAUGACGAUUCUGCCUUCGAUAGCGGAAAAGCAAACGUGCUGAAGCGUGGGUUCCAAUGCAAGUUCUGUUCAACAAAUAAUUCCCGGCAAUGGCGGCGGGCCCCUCUUGUCCCGCCCGGAACUGUCGUCCCUGCCGAUCCUUCAGCAAAGAAGGACAAAGGCGCAAUGCUUACUGUCGCUUUGUGUAUUCGCUGUGCUUUGCUAUGGCGCAAAUAUGCUCUGCACUACGAAGAUGUGGAUGAACUUGGCAAACGAAUUGCAGCCAGUGGCAACAAAUCCUGGCGCCGCCGUAUCGACGAGGAACUGUUUGCGCAAUUGCUCAUGGGCGCCGAGACCCCAAUGGUCGUCAACAGCACUACAGCGACCACUGCCGCCUCUAUGGGAAUAUCACUGGAAAGCAAUCCUCAACUACAGCUUGAGAGCAAGAUAGACGCAUCGAAGAAGAAAGCACGUACCGAUAACCCGAGUACUGCAACCUCGACCUCGACGUCUGUCGAGCCAAUGCCAAAAAAGAAGAUGGGACCUGAGAAGGGCGUUGAUACACCUCCUCUCGUCCCAGACCCACCCAAAGCAAAGACCCUUUCAUGUGCCGUUUGCAAUUCAGUUGAACCAACCGGUGAUGACCAUAUCUCUUGUCGGGAUUGUCGCUUGACAGUCCACCGCAAUUGCUAUGGAGUACAGAACUCCCGGCCUGGUAACAAAUGGCUCUGCGAUAUGUGCUCGAACGACCGCAGCCCUUCCAUUUCUACGACCUAUGAAUGUGUUCUCUGCCCUGUGACUUACACCGAGCAUGAUUUGAUGGAGACUACAAAGAAUAACAGCCGAAAGAAGUCGGAUCGAGACAAGGAGAAGGAGCGCCUUGAGAAGGAAAUGGUUAGUGAGGCGAUCAAGCUCUACCGCCAGCGACAAGAGGCCGUCGGCAAGCCUGUUGGUCCUCGAGAACCAUUGAAGCGUACCGCAGGCAACAAUUGGGCUCAUGUCAUGUGCUCCCUAUGGACCCCCGAGAUUAAAUUCGGCGAUGCCAAGGAACUUGAGCCAGCGGAAGGGUUUGGGUCAAUUCCCAAGGACCGUUGGCGAGAGGUUUGCAAGAUUUGCAAGAAAUCAAAGGGUGCCUGUGUUCCUUGCAACUCCACGGGAUGCAACGCGCACUUCCACAUCGGUUGUGCUUUCCAGGCACAAUACCGUUUUGGUCUUGAUGUUACGCCCGUGAAAAACUCGCGACGCGACAGCGUGCAAACCAUACGUCUGGGCGACGAAGUCGGAGCAGCUACACCCGUAAUCUACUGCCCUAACCAUGGUGUUCCCUCAGUUGUUCACGACAUUGGCGAGCUGACUGGCCAGGAUGGAUUGAAUGCUCUGCAACUCUUUGCCCAAACAUAUAAGCAAGCCGAUCUCACCUUGACCGGCACUUCUCGAAAGGCAGCCUAUGUGCAGCAAUCAGUCAUUGCACCACCACACCAUGCUGCCGGCAUAGGAAAUCGUCGUGUCUCAACAACAACAAGCAGUGGCUUGGACGCAACAGACGAGAUGGACAUUGACACGGAGGAGCAUCCCGCGCCUCGUCCAAUUCCUUUCCAUACGACAACGCUGAAUCAAAAGUGUGUUCGAUGCUCUGCCGAUUUCAGCCCCCGAUGGUGGCCUUGCGGGCGACGCAACGAUUCUCGGGCACCUUUGGCGAAUGGAGUCGGUCGAGGCUCCCUGCACCUAUCACAGAGUCCGUUUGCGCAACCCAAUGGUGAUGCGGGAGAGCAGCUCUACGAAUGCCACAAAUGCCACCUGAAGAACCCCCAUCCCAUCGAGGCGCCAGCUCCAGUUGUAGCUCCAGCUCCAGCUCCAGCUCCAGCCCCCGUUCCAGCUCCGAAUGUGCCUUCCGUCCCAGUGCCCGCGUCGGCGCCCUCAUCGGCGCCCGAUCCAAGGCCAUCACCCUAUGCAGGCCAACGCCCGAUGCUACCAACCAUGCGUGGCCCUACGUUCGUCCCGCAUACUCAUCCUGCUCCUGCUCCUGGCCCCCCUCCGGGCGCCAGUUUCCUUGGACGCCCCAUUCCUCCUCCCCAUUCGCAUAGCUCACCAAUGCCAUUUGCUGGUAGCUUCGAACAGCGACCCGCGGGCGAAGGUGCUCUGCGUAACGGCAUGUCGCCACCUACCUAUCAUGCAGGGCCACCUCCGCCACCGCCUUCCCAGUCGUAUGGGUCGCAUACUAGUCCGUAUGGUCACAUGUCCGCCCGAUCCCCGCAUCUUUCGCAGCCUCCUCGCCCCUACACCUCUGCGUCUCCUCCCAUUCACUCGGUGACAGUGAACCGGUCACCCCAGACCUCUCUGAGCGCAUUGAAUGGUGGACCACCGCCGCGCAUGUACUCGGUCGAUCGAAUGGGCGCAUCCUCUCACUCCCCGCCCGUUGUCCCAGCUCAUAUCAAUCAUCGUGGGCCUACCCCGCCCACUCGUCCAGAGGACACACCACCUUCUGUCAUGGCGAGUGUGAACCGCCCCUCGGGUGUGAAUGGCACAAGCGCUGGAUCUGGAGCAAGUGCGAGCCCGUCGUUGAAAAACCUUAUAUCCUAA